AAAAAAAAACAGAAUAGAACGAAGAACGACGAUUUUGUGUUGGUAGUAAUUGGCCAAUACUCAAUAGUGGCAACACAUACAUGUACUGUAGACAUCCCGACCUUUUCCACGUGCAGUAAACCAGCAUCUCUCUUCUGUACCUUGCUCAAUCACUUGUAGAUUUAUAGUGGAACUUUCUGGAGCUGAUCUAGGAAUCCAGAGCGCAGAUCUCGAGCUGUAUCUGAAGUAUAUCUUUCACCAUGGGCCUCAAGGUGUUGCUAGAAUUCAGUGGUGGAGCGGAGCUUCUCUUUGAUCGCGUCAAGCAGCACACUGUUGAACUUGCAGACAAUGAAACAUGGACACUUGGAAAGCUGCUUAUAUGGAUUCGGGAAAACUUGCUGAAAGAGCGGCCAGAGUUGUUUAUGCAAGGCAAUACUGUUCGACCCGGUAUUCUGGUCCUGAUCAAUGAUGCCGACUGGGAACUCAUGGGUGAGCUGGACUAUGAGGUCGAGGCCAACGACCGGAUAGUCUUCAUCUCGACGCUCCAUGGCGGCUAAGAGCGACGAUGUCAAUGCACUCGUAGCCGUGAAUUCGUUGCGAAAUGCCGCCCGGACGCUGCACAGCUUGCUGCGAAGAGUGUCGAACAAUGGGGGAGAUGGCUAGCCAGGCUGCAUGGCUUGUUCAAGCCCGUGUAUGUAGCGGGUGCACUUCACAAGCCUGUGCCACAACAUGCUCCAGUCUUGACUCAACUGGAUGGAGGCUGUUUUUGCUGCAUUUAGACUUUUAAAAGCCGGCCAACACUGUUUCAGCCACCGGCCUUGAUUGCACUUGAGCUUUGUCCAAGAUUGCAGAUCGUUGCUGCUGCGGACACCUUGGAUUAGUGUCUCCUGCGGAGCAUUUGUUUGGAUUGUAGCCUGCACUGACUCUGCUCAGCAUGUUAUUCUUGCGCAAUCUGUGAUCUAUUCUCAAGUUUAUCUUUGAGCCUGCUCUGAGCGAUGUAGGCUGCAUUCUGUAGUUAACACUAUCCAGUUU